GGGAAAAAUUUUAAACACAAUAUUAUUUUUUUAAAGUCAAAAUUGAGAAAUUCAAGGGUUUUAGAUAGAUUUAAUUAUCAAAAUAUUUUUCCUAUCUUAAUCCAAUAUUCAUAUACUAUAGUUUUUAUCAGGAAAUUACAGUUUUAAUUUCAAAUAUUUAUUUGGUAGAUAUAUUUGAUUUAAUUAUAAUCUCAAACUUAUUCUUUAAUUUCUGUCUGUACAAAAAAUAAGAAUAAACCUUCAUGGUGCCCCAGUAAAAGAUUGAUUUACCUCCCCUGAUUGUACUCUUUAAUGUUUACAUUGGAGACAAAAUAGAACCACAUCUUCUGCUGUAUUAUUUCAUGGACAAUCUGUAAAUAUGUAAUUAAUGCAUAACUAUGCAGUGUGAGAAAAAGAAUGAAAUGAAAUGUACAUUUGCUUAUAAAUCUGAAUGUGGUCAAUCAUUACAUUAUGCUUCAAAUGUCCCGUGUAUCCAUAUAAUCAAAUGUGACAAACCCACAAGUACCCAUUUACGUAGUCUUGGGUGUAACUCCACGGACUAUGAACUACCAGAAGGGCUUUUAAUAUUGUACAGAAGUGGGAUAUUUUCAAUAGACUGUUCUUCAUGUGACAUUUACAUAUGCCCGAAACACAGGGAUGAUUUUGGAAUAUAUUGGAGGCGUCAAACGAGAAAGUGCCAGUCACCUACACAUCCAGACCAGAGUGUUGCAAAACCAAGCAGGGGCAUACCAGCAUCAGUAUGCAAAGAGCUGUGGAUGACAAAGAGAAUAUCUCUGCCAGUUGGUUCAGGAAUAUGUUACUCGUGCAUCAGAAAGUAUCCUGUAUCUCAAGACAGCAAGCAGGCUUUGAUAACUGAUAUUGGUAUGUACAAACUUGUAGAUGAAGUAAAAAUAAAUGUGCCUAGAAAAUUUAACGACAGUUCAAAAAGACUAUUCACAACAGAAACAGGAAUUUCGAAUGCAGAAGAAUCUGAUAAUUUAGCUUUCACCAAUUCAGAAUGUGACUUUCUACUAUCAUCACAAUCCACUCAGACAUUUUCCCAGACCACAACAUCUGAUUGGGAAGAAGAAAACAUGGCUCCAAGAGAGAUUUUCAAUGCUGCAAUGAAAAUGCUUUCCAGAAAUUUUCCUGCCCUAAAUUCACAGCUACAGUUGCCAUGGACUAGCCUCUCAAAAAGUUCAUCCUCAUAUUAUACCAAAAUAAUUACAGAAGCUAUCCAGUUGAUUGCACAGUAUGUUGCACCAGGUCAAGAAAAUAAUCUUUUGACAGAUGUGUGCAAGAAGUGGAUAUCAUUAAAAGAAGACAAACCUGACACAAUGACUGAGGCACUGAUUGCAUCCUAUCAACAGCAGAACAACAGAUUAAGUCAGAUGCAAAUUUUAUCCCUAUUUGCAAAUAAGCAUACAAAGGAAAGAUUAAUGGAACUGGUACCAGGACUUAGUGUUUUUAAAAUUGAUGCUGCCCGAAGACAUGCAACACUAACAUUUCCAGGACAAUUAAUAAAUCCACCAAAGGUCUACCGUUCCAGAUUGAGCAUGCCAAGAGUAAUGCAUUUCAUUGAAUUUAUUUCUUGCCCCACUUACCAUCAGGCUGUUGGUUAUGGAUCCAAGACCUUAAAAUUGUCAUCUGGAUUAGAGAUAACUAUACCUAAGGUUGUAAGAAAUGUAAUUGCAUCUAGACUUGUGAGUGCAUACAGCCAAUACUGCAAUGAUGAGGGUUAUGAGUGCCUAGGCAGAUCCACACUGUUUAACAUUGUUAAGGCUUGUGCAGCAUCACAAAAGAAAAACAUGCAUGGACUUGACAAUAUCACUUCUGAAGGUAUGCGUGCAAUUGAUAUUCUACUUAAAAUUGUGUCCAAAUUGGAAAUGUUUGGUUUAUCUUCUGAAUGUGUAGUCAAGCUUAAAUCAUUACUUGAUCAUGUGAAUCAACACCUGAAGUUUGAGAUGAAGGGACAUGUGGAAAACAAAUCAAAAUGUGCAGAACACUGUUCUACAUACAGCCUUAGUGAUCCAACAUCAAAAUGUUUCAGCGACAAAUGUGAGCAUGACCAUGAUCAAUCCUGUGAUGACUGCUCAACAACAGGGGUACUGGAUACAGUUAUGUUGGAUGCAGUAUCAUCUGUCAGAAACGCGAUUCCUGCUGACAUCCAAGAGGAGAUAACCCAUGACUUGCAGAUAUCCACUUUAAACUUAUCAACUUGGAAAGCUCAUUGUAUUAGAACAGUACACCAAGAACAAGCACGUAGAGAUGUACUAUUACAAUUAAAAUCUCAUCAAUGUUUAAUUGUAAUGGACUGGGCAAUGAAGUUCCUACCUAUCAAACACAGAGAAACACAAGCUGAUUUCUAUGGGAAAAAAGGCAUUGUCCAUACCCACCGAUAUAUUUUAAAAGAAAUAUUUAAUUUAAUGUAG